AUGACAAUUCUGAACAUCGCCGUAGAAAGCGUGGCUUUGUACAAAGUGACGAGGUGUCGAGACAAAAUUCUUCAUGGUUGCAGUUUUCGGAAAACGUCAGAAAGAACAAUUGCAGAUUGUCUUGCAAAGUGUCUGAUGAAUUGUACAUGUAGAUCAUUUCAGAUGUGUGGUGAUGAUAAAACCUGCAGUUUAUGUUUGUCGUAUAACAGUUCCAUGGUUAUAGAAAAUGUAAAGGGAUCAUGUGGAUAUUUUGCCUUAGAAAGGAACCAAGAACAGGUUUGGAAUGUCUGGUUUUACAUUCCCUGCGAGCAGACGCACUCGCAUUAUUAGCUUUUACAGUAGGAGUUUAGCUUAGUUUACAAUUUGAUAACCAUUAUAUAUUGACAUGAUUAUUCUAAAGGCUGCUUUACGCCACACAACUCUUGCCUAAAACAGUCGCAUGCAACCUGCAAAUGCAGGUGAGUCGUAAAGAGGUUUCAUACGACAGUUUUAGGCAAAUGUAAUUCCGUAUAACUGCCCGUGCCACUCGAAUGCGACCGCAAUGGAAAACGACUUUAAUGCAGUCUCUGGACCUUUUAACUACUGGUAGAUUAUCAUAACCGCAAACUAUUAAAUACAAAGAACCUAAGAAGCGAAUUAAGUCUUAGGAAUGCCGUUGUCGCUCGGAUACAAAAUAGUUCUAAUUUGGAAACGCCAAUUGUUGUCACGCUAUCCAAACACUCAUCCAUUUUUACUUAAAUAAACGUUUAUGCAAAUUGAUCUUGAAUAAAAAGAUGAAGGCGUAAAAUUGUAGAACUGCUAUAAAAUUCUGAUGUAUGAUCUGAUGCUGUAGCAGUUCAUUCUGAUUCAAUUUUUUGUUAUUAUAAAUUUUAGAACGGUGCGAUGGUUCAAAAGAGUUGCUUUCGAAAUACAAACUGUUGUCUGACAUCAGGACCUUGCCUUCAUAAUGGACGUUGUAAACCUAGUUACUCAUCUGAUAUCUUGCACUCGCCCCGUUUCACAUGUGUCUGUGCCCCUGGUUACCGUGGAAACCGCUGUGAACAGCCAAUCAAAUCGUGUCAUGGUUACAUUGGCGGUACCGCAGACCACGCCCCAGCGUCAGGUAAAUACACAAUUAUUGAUGACAUGGACAAACCCUUCCUGGUUUUUUGCGAUUUCAACUGGACUUUUGACGGAGCAAUCAUGUCUUGGACACUCAUUCAAUCCUACCAAUUAAAAAACAAGGACGAGUUUCAGCUGAAAUCGUUUUAUAUAGACCAUCCUAAAAAUGAAGAAACUCCCCAAUGGGAGUCUUAUCGUCUUUCAAUAUUCAAAAUGAAGUCCAUACAGAAAGAUUCCUCAAAAUGGCGAAUGACGUGUCGAUAUGAAACUGACGGUCUAAACUAUACAGAUUACAUGGAAGGCUUGAAAACCAAGGUCGAUAUACUUAGCUUUCGUGAAAAUGGAUGCAAGGAGGUUGAAUUUAUAAAUGUACGCGGUUAUAAUUGCACACAUUGUGAGGCUAUGCUGAAACAAAAUAAAAAUCGAUCAUUUCACCACGAUUCUUUGCACAGCUUUGAAGACUGCCCGUUCAAGCCCCUAAACAGCAUAAAAUGCGAUGGGCGUAGGGAAGAUAACUUCGGUUUGUACAAGUGCAUCAAUCCAAUCCACCGCUGUUCUAUGGAUGAGGAGUCCACCUCUCAAACGUGGCUAGGCUCUUGA